CCGCUGCCCCCCUUGCUCUCUGCCGGCAGAGAGACCAAGGGACUAGAGGAGGCACAGGGUGUGAAGACGGGCCUCUUAGGGCUCGGAGUGAAGCAUCCAAAGCCAGCUGGUCUGGCUUUGAGGUAAAUCAAUGGGCAGAGUGACACAAAAGCCACAGAAAGAAGAGGAAGAGUUGUAGAAAGAACAAAAGGAAGAGAUUAAGAAAGUCAAUACGCGGAGGUGGAGAGUGGAACAGAAGGUUACUGUGAAGGCGUUUGGACAUCAACAGGUGAGACACAGGGUCGGUGAGUUGCUGGAGCCUAAUCCAGCUGUCAUGGGGCAAGAGGCACGGGUACAUCCUGGACAGGUCGCCGGCCUAUCUCAGGGCUAACGAGGAGAGACAGACAACCACUCACACCCACGGCCAAUUUAGGAUCAACGGCUAACCCAGCGAGCAUGUCUGUGGACGGUGGGAGGAAGUCGCAUUUACCUGGAGAGAACCCAGAGGGAGAACAUGCAAGCUCCACACAGAAGGGCCCCUGUCGGCCGAUGGAUUCGAACCCAGAACCUUCUUGCUGUGCCACUAGAUAGGAUUGUGGUGUGGUCUGCUGAAGCACAACGAGCGAAUUGAGAAGAGUGAAGCAGUGUAUACAAGAAGAGAGACUGUCGCACAAUGUACUAGGAGAGUGGGGGAAGAGAGCGUGUUGUUUUUCUGAUAUUGUUGAGGUGUCAGAGAGACCAGAAAGGACACAGCCAUGGGGCGGAAGAAGAUACAGAUCACCAGGAUCAUGGAUGAGAGGAACAGACAGGUUACCUUCACAAAGAGGAAGUUCGGCUUGAUGAAGAAGGCCUACGAGUUGAGCGUACUAUGUGACUGUGAGAUAGCCCUCAUCAUUUUCAACAGCUCUAACAAACUGUUCCAGUACGCGAGCACAGACAUGGACAAAGUGCUGCUGAAAUACACAGAGUACAACGAGCCCCAUGAGAGCAGAACCAACUCUGACAUUGUAGAGGCGCUAAACAAGAAAGAACACAGAGGUUGUGAUAGCCCGGACCCCGAUGCCUCAUAUGUCCUCACUCCUCACACAGAAGAAAAGUAUAAAAAAAUUAAUGAGGAGUUUGAUAAUAUGAUGAGAAAUCAUAAAAUCCCCACAGCAUUGCCCCAGCAGAGCUUCUCCAUGCAUGUGGCAGUGCCCGUGUCCAAUCCUAAUGCCAUGUACCAGGCAGGAGGGAGCCUGGGCAGCCAGGCCCUGGCAGCAGCCUCGGCCUCCCUGAGUGAGAGUGGGAUGCUGUCCCCUCCUCAAGCCUCUCUGCACAGGAAUGUUGGCUCCAGUGGAGGCUCCCAGAGGCCCACGAGCGCGGGCGGCGCAGGUGGCAUGCUGAAUACCACAGACCUUUCAGUGCCAAGUGGUGUGGGCUCCAGCCCAGCGGGGAAUGGUUUUGUGAACCCCAGGGGCUCGCCGGGCCUCCUCAGCACACCCAGCGGCAAUGGCCUGGGUAAAGUCAUGCCCACCAAGUCUCCACCACCCCCCGGAGGGAACAUGGGAAUGGGAAGCCGCAAGCCAGACCUAAGGGUUGUUAUCCCUCCAUCAAGCAAAGGCAUGAUGCCCCCACUGUCGGAGGAGGAAGAAAUGGAUUUGAACACCCAGAGGAUAAGCAGUUCCCAGUCCACUCAGCCACUGGCCACUCCUGUAGUGUCUGUCACCACCCCCAGCUUACCCCCACAGGGCCUGGUCUACUCGGGCAUGCCCACCUCCUACAAUACUGCCGAGUACCCCCUGAGCAGUGCAGAGAUCUCUUCCCUACAGGGCUUCAGCUCUCCUGGGCUCUCACUGGGCUCCAUGUCGGCAUGGCAACAGCAUCAACUGGGCCAGGCAGCUCUUAAUUCUUUGGUUGGUGGAGGUCACUUACCUCAGGGCUCCAACCUAUCCAUCAACACCAGCCAGAGCAUAAACAUCAAGUCCGAGCCCAUUUCGCCCCCGCGAGAGCGCGUCACGCCAUCUGGCUUCCCCCCGCAGCAGCCGCAACAAGGGUCCAGCCGGCACGAGGUUUUGGGACGUUCACCUGCCGACAGCCUCAGCUCGUCUUGUAGCUCAUACGACGGCAGCGACCGCGAGGACCACCGGCCCGACUUCCACUCCCCGCUGGGACUGGGCAGGCCCCCCGCCGGCUCCGACGAUAGGGAGAGCCCGUCGGUCAAGCGCUUGCGCAUGGACACGUGGGUGACAUAAAGAGCCCUGGUCACGUCUCCAGUCACCAGCCAGUCAGAGAGAGGGGGAGGGAGGGGUUCGACAUGGAGUUAAAAGAAGGAGAAGGGGGGUCCUUAGAGCUAUAAUUAUGAUACUAUUAUUCAACUCCACUUCAGUUCGGAAGGCUGAGAUGUAAAGUAAUAAGACGUGUCAGGACAUAUCUAAAGUAAAAUUCUCAAGCUGAUACAGCAAGGUUUAAAAAAAUAAAAAAAUCUGUUAGCUGGACUGAAUUAUAUGCACAAGCAGGUGGUAUCAGGUACUUGGUGCAAUUCAGAUGGCGUUCGCAGACGAUGUUCAGAGAGAGUUGUUAAACGAUAGGCGGUAGAUUAUUGUAGUCACUGGUCUAGUCAGACACUUACAUGUAGUUGCUGUUUUUUGCUGUUGUGCUCGCAAGUUGCAAACAAUCGGAGAAAGUUGUGUUGCUUUCCGGCUGAGGACCCUUAACGUAAGCGAUGUUCACUGCGAGAACUAUAUUUAAAACCCUUUGGUGACCGUGCAAGACCUUUUAUCUUUCGAGUGGCCUCUAAUAAUCCGUCAGUCGAGUCGAUCGGGAGACACAGAGCACGUGGAGUUAGCUAGCAAUUUGUCACAAACAGUUGAAAACGACUUUAGCGAACACCUAUUGAGCAGCAAGGAAAAAAAAGAAUAAAUAAAUAGCAACAGAAUUUAUCGCAAUAACGACAAACUGUUCAUUUUAUAAUUUAAAAAGAGUAGGAUAUAUAAAUGUGCAAUUAAGAUAAUGAGAACCUGUCCAGUUGAACUGGUGAGAAAGUCAACAUGUUCACGUUUGUGUAACAUUUCAUCAGUAAUAUAAGCCAAAGCUGUUAUUUUGUGUUGUUUUGUACAGUUGCUUUGAUUUCCUAACAACUCACUCAAAAUUUCUUUCGUCACAUGGUUAUUAUUAUUAUUAUUAUUAUUAUUUUUUAAAAUUGUGCUUUAUUACAGUGUAAAGUCCUGUAAAACCAGAUCUUGAAUCGAUAUCUAAAGCCAUGAACAUUUGCUGUUCUGUUUGUACAAUUGAAAAAAAAAUUUGAGCCAAACAUUUUCUUUUGUUGUGUAAAUAGCGACUUUAAUAUAUAUUACCAGGGUGUGAGUACAUGCUGAAUGCACCGUAGGAGCACCGUUUUCAAGAAAAGUAUAUUUUUGUGGUUUACAGCCAAGUUUACAGGAGUACACCCUUAAAAAGUAGUCACUGGUCAAUAUUUGCUAUUUAGCCUCUUCUAAAACGAAUUAUCGGCAUAAACUCCCAUGUGUUUUAGUUCCAGGUGGUCAGUUUGCUUUGUCUCUCUCUUUAUUAGUGGUGAUUGUUUGUCCUGAAUACAUUGUUAUCACAAUGCUGCGAGGCUGAAGUUCCACUGUUUUCAUAUUUCUGAAGGAUGAUCGCAAGGCUAGGGGAAAUAGGGUUUCUUCCCUCCUAUUGUGUUCGCUUGUGUUAGUUUUACAGCAGCAGCUGCUGAAUACACUGCCACCAUUCAGAUCCAAGGUCCCAGCUUUGCACUGAAGAAUAAUCUAUUGUUAUUUGCAUGUAGCUCAACUGAAAGACAUCUCUCAAGCCACUAUCCUGUCAUUGAUUCGUGGAAUUUUAAAGGAGAGACGCGGUGGAAGUUCCCGCUUGCCUCCAGUCUAAAACGAUCACGCCUGUGUCCGCGCGUUUGUUGUAAAUACCGAAAACUGAAAUGAGUCGUAAUCCCGUAAAAAAAAAAAAAGAAAAGUGCUGUUUCCAAGAUUGGCUCAAGAAAUGUUAUCUCCCACCACCCCCUGUUAGUAAAGGAACUGCGGCUCGAGGAACUUCAGGAGAAAAUCCGAGGCCUCCGGACGGGGGCUGUGAUCUCCGUCGUCACGAAAGCAAACCGUUCAGCAGCUCGAUCUCGACACACACCGACCGACUGGCUCCAAUCUCACUGCUGAAAGGCACACAUUUGUAUGGGGAGUUUGCUGUGCGAGAGUGGUGUUGCCCUGCAUUCGCCAUGGCACGUCUUGUGUGUGUGUUUCCUGACCUCCGCCGCCCCUCAUCGUCAGCUCCGUGCGAGUUCUCAGUGUGCGCCUGUUCCGAUCUAUGCAGUUUUAACCCCCCAAGCCACAUGAAAUAUAGCGAAAAUGAUGUCAUUAAAGGUCAUGUUUAGUCUCCGGUGCAUUCGGGAAACAAAAAACUGAAAAAAAAAAAAAAGCGUGUCCGAGGAUAGACUGUUAGAGCUUUUAUUCUGAAGUGCCACAGCUGGAAAGUUACCGAGCUACAAGUUGCAUAUGAUGCAUUUCAUCAGAUCAUGUAUUUGGAUACCCCAGGGCAAUCUCCUCAUGUUCAUAUAUAUCGAUAGACAUAACUUUACAUGUAUAGUAAUCCAUAAUGUAAUCCAGUUUAACGCAGCAGGUGAAAAUAGCAAUAAUAAAUGACAAACACGGUCUGCCUUUUACUGUAUCGGCAGCAUCACCUCGUAGUUGAGCACAUAUUUUAGCACUCGAUAACAUAUCAGGGAAUUUUGUAGUCGCUCUAUCUAUAUGCACAGAUAGGAAAUGCCUUAUCCCAAAGAAAAAUCAACUCCGCUUUUAUGUUCUCUCAGUCAAACAAAGGAGACAAUGCAGAUAUCGCUCGAACCCGACCAUGUCUGCCUCUUCUCAGAUAGGACUCACACAAGAAAAUGCGUGGUGAAUGCAGCGUGACACACUUUGCUCUUUUGGUGUAUGUACAAAUUGUGCACAACUGAUGAAUGUGAAAGGAAAGGGUAAUCAAUGAACCUCCGUAGAGGACUUUCUUCACUUUGCUGUGCAAGAGUACACUGCUUUGCUUCAUGGCUUUUAUAAACAGAACUACGUGUUUGGUAAGUGUUUGUAGUUGAUAGUUCACUUAACUAAAGGAGCUGUUUUUCGGUCUCUACGCUCAGACCGCUUGGCGGCACAAGCUGGACUUUGUUGCCAAUACUGAAAUUAUUUGUUUCAAAAUCGAAAUAGGUUUUAAGUUAAUCUACAUUUUAUUUCCCUUGAAUGUGUUAUUUUAUUUUCAUCAUACGAUAUUCAAGUGAACUUUUUAUUAAACAAUUAAGAUGCUAGAUGUUGUUGUACAAAAUUUGUAUUCUUCACAAAAGUACAAAUAUUGGCUUUUAAUGUGUAAUUUAGGUUAUCUCUCUUAUUCUGUAUAAAAUGAAGUAAACAACUCUUUCAUAGAAUUUGUUCUCCUGUGAAGUCCCAAACAGUAGAAACUGUCAACUUUAUUAAACACCUCAGUGUAUGCUCAACCCGAA